AUGCUGUGUAAAUUCCUACAUUUCCUCUGUUCAGCUCUCCCUGAAACGUGGGAUGUGCUGUGAAUACUGCCUCUUGUUUUGUUGCAGUGCAGAAUAGCGAAGCAUCAUAACGCAGGCUGACAAGGGGGAAGGCUGUGUGACUACUGCAUCUGGAAACUGGGUCUCUGCAGAUGUUUCAUGAUGUACCAGCCUUACCUAGCUCCUGUUUUUUUAUUUCUUACCACCAGGCAACGUCACUCCUCCUGAGGGCACCAGACUAUUUUUUUUUUCCUUUUUUUUUGCUGAGCUUAGCACCUUCCAUUUAUCACAUUAUAUGCUUUAACGGAGGAUUUCAAGCAAGGGAACCUGCCAGACCAAUGUUGUCCUUUCGCUUCAAGAAGAAUGAGCACCUUUUACCCAGGAAUCCCCCUAUUUUGUAUCAACUGAUUUCAUAUUUUGGAUUCUUAGGACAAACAAAUUUAUAGGAUGCCAGAAAAUCUGUUUUCCUUCAUUGUAUUCUCCAGAGGGCAGAGUCUACAUAGCUUGGUUACUAAGAAACCUGGAGGAUUGUUUCUCAAGGUGAGAGGUUAUAUGCCUCUCAUUUCCAGAAAACAUUUCCUAUUCUGAGUGCACGUACUUCUACAGUGCUUCAUUGUGAUCACUUUCCGGCAUCCAACCAGGAGAAACAGACUGUGCACCUAAUUGGCCCAUAACUAUGACAGUUGCCACUGGAGAUCCCACAGAUGAAGCUUCAGCUUUGCCAGGUCACCCGCAAGACAGUUAUGACCCUGAACCCGAUCAUGAAUGUUGCGAGAGAGUUGUUAUUAACAUAUCAGGAUUGCGGUUUGAAACUCAGUUGAAAACCUUAUCUCAGUUCCCUGAAACAUUGUUGGGGGAUCCUAAAAAGAGGAUGAGAUAUUUUGAUCCCUUAAGAAAUGAAUAUUUUUUUGACAGGAACAGACCAAGUUUUGAUGCCAUCUUGUACUAUUACCAGUCUGGAGGCAGGUUAAGAAGACCUGUAAACGUGCCCUUGGAUAUCUUCUCAGAGGAAAUACGUUUCUAUGAACUUGGUGAAGAAGCCAUGGAGAUCUUUAGGGAAGAUGAAGGAUUUAUUAAAGAAGAGGAACGCCCUUUGCCAGACAACGAGUACCAGAAGCAGGUCUGGCUGCUGUUUGAAUAUCCAGAAAGUUCUGGUCCAGCCAGGAUUAUUGCAAUUAUAUCAGUUAUGGUGAUAUUAAUCUCUAUUGUGAGUUUUUGCCUUGAAACACUGCCUAUUUUUAGAGAUGAAAAUGAGGAUAUGUCUAUGACACCUGUAGAUUAUUACGCAUACCCCAACAGUACGCAUCAAUACCAACAAUCAAACACCUUCACAGACCCUUUCUUUAUUGUUGAAACCCUUUGCAUCAUAUGGUUCUCCUUUGAGUUUUUGGUUCGUUUUUUUGCCUGUCCAAGCAAAGCUGGAUUUUUUACUAAUAUUAUGAACAUUAUUGACAUAGUGGCUAUAAUCCCUUACUUUAUAACACUGGGUACAGAACUGGCUGAAAAACCAGAAGAUGGACAGCAGGGUCAACAAGCAAUGUCUUUAGCAAUUCUUAGGGUAAUACGACUGGUUCGAGUAUUUAGGAUCUUCAAACUUUCCAGACAUUCAAAAGGCCUUCAGAUUUUGGGUCAGACACUGAAAGCUAGCAUGCGAGAACUAGGCCUUCUUAUAUUUUUCCUCUUUAUUGGUGUAAUUCUUUUCUCCAGUGCUGUAUAUUUUGCAGAAGCUGAUGAGAAAGAAUCUCAGUUUCCUAGUAUCCCAGAUGCCUUCUGGUGGGCUGUGGUUUCCAUGACAACAGUAGGAUAUGGAGACAUGGUCCCUACAACAAUAGGUGGCAAAAUAGUAGGAUCUCUUUGUGCAAUUGCAGGCGUGUUAACCAUUGCCUUACCAGUUCCUGUUAUAGUCUCCAACUUCAAUUACUUCUAUCACAGAGAGACAGAGGGUGAGGAGCAAGCACAGUAUUUGCAAGCCAGCUGUCCAAAGAUCCCAUCUUCCCCUGACCUUCAAAAAAGCAGAAGUGCCUCCACUCUCAGUAAAUCUGACUACAUGGAAAUUCAAGAAGGAGUUAAUCAUAGUAAUGAAGAUUUUAGGGACAAGAACUUAAAAACUGCAAACUGCACCUUAGGAAAUACAAACUAUGUAAAUAUAACCAAAAUGCUGACUGACGUUUGACUUACCUGCCCCGUGCAAGAUUGUAUGGGGGCAGCUGCAGAAUUUGUGUAAUGCAAUAAUCUGCUAGGUAAUAUUUUUCUAGAUGUGUCAAUUCUGCAUGGAAAGCAAUAGUUGUAUAAGUGAUGUUUUAUUGCAUCUGCAACUAAAUUCAAACUCACGGAACAUCUGUUGACAACACUGAUAGGCCAGAGAAAUGUGGUAGCAUUUCUAAAGCAGAGUGUAUUGGAAUUAAAAUGCUAUAGGUACGGAGCAAUCAGACAGCCUUAUUUGGCAUUAGGCCCAUCACCCUGGAUAGUUUGUAACACUGAAAAUACUCAGCUGUAAAACCUCUUGGGAUACAUAGGUGUCACAUCAAUGUUGUGCUUUGUGUCCAAAUAAUUACCUAUAGCUUCAUGAAGGACACUACUGAUGGUAACUCUUUAAAAGAGGUUCUGCAGCAGCCAGUGGCUUCACUGAUAGAACGGUUUCUUGACCCAAAUAAUAAUGGCUUUGGGAAAGGAGUCAUUACACUUAACGUAAAUUGUGUUUUCCAAAGAAAUGCACCUUGCAAUCGAAUCACAGAUACAAUAUUUCACUAAUUAGAAAGUGUUUUGCAAAGUAAUAUUAGAAUGUAAUCUUAUUCUGUUGGGUAUGCCCUGCUUAUCCUAUAAUGACGUUCAAUUGCACUUAAAAGAUCAAUGCACAUAUGUACAGCCCAACAUUUCAUGCUUUAAGAAUUAAAUCGCUGAUUUAAAGAAAAAGGCCUUCCAUAUUUUAAAGAGGAACAUAUAUUUUUGUGUUAGGAUUCUGUUAUUUGUAUAUCAAAUUUACAGAUACUUGGGUUUUAUUUUUUAAAGAACCUAGAAAGCUGCUUAGCUGCCACUGCAGUGUGUCUGUGCUGCAAUGUUAAAUACAUCAUUAAAAGGAUCUUAAUGUGUUACUGUGACCUGCAGACAUUGAAUAUAUAGCCAUUGAAACCUUCCUUACUGGAAUGGAAAUAUAAGCACCAUGGUCCACUGCUUCUUAGCUAUUAUGGGUAUCACUUCAUUAUUGAUCAAGGUUAGAUGUCAAGAAGAGGGGUGGGGUUAAACCAGGGAUGCGUAAAUGCCUAAAAGGAACCUUCAUCCUUUAAUGUCGAGGCGACAUGCUGCACAGAGUUCAAAGGUUAUAUAUGACCAAUCUAUUUUUUAAUAGAUAGAAGAGUCUGUUGUUAACCUGCUCAGAUGUGACUGCAAUAAGGCCAUGGUAUAAUAAGGGUAACAUAAUACCAUUCAACCUGUAUUUAAAAUAACUGCAUGCUAAUGUUCUUUGUACUGUAUGUACCUAACAAUCUGGUCUGACAGCAGUGCUCUGUCUGUGAAGUGGAUAAUGUCUGCCUUAAUAUUUUGCUACUUUAGACCUGUUUAUCUCAGACUGGUGGAGCGCUUCUGAUUUAACACUUUGUUACUGGAUCACAUCAGGUCAUUUGUUGAGGUGUAAAUUGAAGGUUAAAGUGUUACAGGCCUCCUCUAGUUAUAAAGGUGUUGAGUUAGUAAUUAUAAUAUCCUGUCACACUAUAAUACUCUUACCUACAUUCCAUUUUUAAAAACAUAACUGUGAAAUUAAGAUUAAUGCAUGGACCACAAUUGCAUGCACACACUAUCUAUCUAAAUAUUUAUAUUGAUGCACAUGCCCACAUACACAUAUGCACACACACACACACCCACGAAGUCCAGCUAUCUGUGUAGCUGUGUUAUUAGUGUUUAUGAUAUUUAUUCUUGAAUGACAUUAUCCUGAUAAUUUCCUUAUAGGAAUAGGAGAAUGAAAUCAGUAAAAAGGGACACAAUGAUUGUACAUUUUAUAAUGUAAAAGGUUCCAUAGGUAAAUUAUGCUUGCACCAAGGAUUGUACAUACAUAUCAGGGAAACUUAUGCUUGAAAGUAUACAUGCUGUACUAACACAAUGAGUAAUAACAAAACAUGAUUACAGAUGAGUAAAGUAAAACUGUCCAAAUAAAAAUAAAAAAACGGAAGUAUGUUAAAAAUAAUUUAAAAAAAAUGGCAGCCAUUGACGUGUGAUCUGAUUGACCGGAGAUGUAUGUGGCAGCCCAAGCAUUGCACAAUGUAUAGAAGUUCUUGUAUAUAGCUGUAUAUUUCUAGAUUUAAAUGUGCAUACAUAUGUGUAUAUGUGUGCAUUGAUUUCUGAGGACAUUGACAAACACACAAAUGCACUCAUAUUCCAAAAAAAAAGGCCAACAAUUGUUAACACUUCCUUAAAGUUGUCAAAACAAAAUGUGCUAUGCAUACAUAUUAUAGCAAAGACCAAUGGGUGAUUUUUAUGAUAUUUUCAGUUUGAAAUAUGGUCAGAACUGUAUUACCUUUGCAAUGAGAUGUCAGCUGAUUAGAGUAUUAUAAUUAUAUAUGUAUGAGAGAUACAUUAAUAUCUGUAUCAGUUCAUGCAUGCAUGUAUGUUCAAGUAUAUAUAUUUAUAUAACAGUCACAUGCAACUACAUACCGAUAGUUACAGUAUCUAAUGGUGCAUUAGGAUCAAUACAUUUAUUCUGAGAAAUAAUUCCGGUAGCAUUAGAUAUUAAUAUCAAUAUUGAUGUUUGUAUUUUGCAUAUAAUAAGCACAGUGUGAUAACAAAUAUAAUCUACACAAAAAAUGGGUUCUUGUUUAAGAUAACCUAAUUGGCUCAUUUUGGAACUACAAGCAGAUAAAACAUAAUAAUGGAUAAACAUAAAAAAAAAAGAGAGAUUUGGCACAAUCAAUUGGCAGCUAUGAAUCUCCAAAAAAAGGAAAAACUGCCAAGCUUUAUCAUUUUUAGAUAUAUGCAAAUGUUACCUGUAGUAUUGUAUACAGGUUAGUCCUAAUGUCUCAUUUGAUUUUAACAGUACCUUGCUUGAAAAGUGUAUACAUUACAGCAGUGAUGUAGUUAACAGGUAUGUAAAAAGCUGGGUUGCUUUGAAUUAUGAUAUGACUGCAAAGUAUACCUACUGUGUACAUCAAAGAAAUUGCCCUGAAAAAUUAACGCUAAUAGAGUCAUUUUCAUAUAGGAUCUUUUUUGAAUCUACAGUUUAUCGCCAGCAUUCAUUAUUUUGCAUUGUUAAUGUUUUAUUUCUUUUUAGUCUGCAGUUCUAAGCAGCACAUGAAAGGACCCACAUAAAUCUAAACAAAAAGAAAAAUUGGCAUUAUUAAGUAUUAAUCGUCACAAAUAAAGAAUGGAAGUUACCAUACCUGUACAAAAAUGAAAAAUGUACCUAUUGUUCUGUGCUAGCACCCAUUUUUAGCAAAGGAAGCAUUAGAAGUCAGAGAUAUUUUUGUAUGCGAUGACUGGGCAAGUUGUCAGCUGUGUGCUGGAAAAUAUGCUCCGAUCUAUAUGACUUUCCUUCUAGAUAUACAGUAAUAUAUAACUUUAGCAAUGUAUAUUAUUCCAUAGACCAAUUUAGCGAACUCUAUACAUAUAAAAACUGGCAUAAUGGACUCAGAUCUAUAAUAAAUUGAAUUAUGAUGAAAAAAAAUAAUAAUUCCCAUUCUCCAAAUAAGUACCAUAUAAUUCAAAGUUCUAUUUAUAUCACUUUGAAUGAUUUCCAAGUUUCACAGUGAAGUCUGUUCCCUUUGCAAGGGAAUUCUCACUUACCUUAUUGAUUCAUUACCUAAAGUACAUAUGCUUUCUAGCACACCAGAUAAUAGCUACAGUUUUAAAUUUUUUUCAUACUUGUUUGCCAUCAAUGCUUUAGUCAUGUAAAACAAGGUACUUGGUUUUUCAUUUUGUACUGUAUAUCCAAAUAUUGUUUCACCGCCAGACUUUUUUAUUUCACUUUUCUUUUUUUCUUUGAACAGGAUAUUUAUCCAUUAAUUAUGCUUGUGCCAGGUGGUGUAAAUGGCCUACAUAUGGCCACCUUAAAUGACAAUUUGAUGAAUUACCCCGACCGUUGACUCGCAUUGAGCCUGAUUGUCUGUGUGCUUGGCAAAAGGUGCCAUCUGCAUGCCAUGCUCAACCAACUCUUAUGUUAUUAUUGAGCCAGGACUACAAUAUAUAAAAUAAACCUCCCCUAGCUGUUGAAAAAUAGAAUCACACAGUUUUUUUUACUUGAAGAAUAUUACGACAAUGAUGCAAUACUUAUCCUUUCCUUUUUUAUGUGUAACAUCUAUACCUUUUUGUCUUAUUUUUGUAAAAUGAUGACAUAUAUGGCCUUUGAGGAGGGUAUAUUUUCAAUGGAUGCUACCUUAAAUGUUCCUGUUAAGUCUGCUACAGUGUAUAGUGUAUUUUCAAGGUGGAAUAUCUUUACCUAACAUCACCAUUUUCUUAUUUUUGCGUGAAAAUGCUCUUUAUUUGAUAUAAGGUACUAGUAAAAAAAAUACAUUUGCAAAAACAGUAUCACCGUGUGGGCACUGUUUGCUCUACAGAUGCCAGUUUAGCCCAGUGUAAAGUUUUUUUGACAUUUGGCUGAAUUUCCACUUUUGUGGGUGCGUUAACAUAAAUGUUGACCUGCAUUUUCAAUAGCAUUGAUGCGCACAGUAACAUGCUUUGUACAUGCAUUAUUUUGGCA